AUGCAGUUCAAGAACGUUUUCAUCUUUGCCUUGCCUUUGCCUGCGCCGGAGCCCAAGCCCAACACCCCGGCACCCAAGCCAACCGACCCGGCCCCCAAGCCCAGCUCUCCUCCGAAGCCGACAUCUGCCGCGCCCAAGCCGACCGGGGCCGCCGCCACCUCUCCCGGGGGCGCCAAGCCAACGGCUCCCCCUCGCGCAGGCGGCGGCGGGAUGGUUCCCGCCACAGACCCCAAGCCGUUUGGCACUGGAUCCAUCAAGGCCACCAUCCAGGCCGCCGUGCUGGACCAGGUCUCGGCUCAAGUGUCCAACGGGCUGGCGCAGGCCGUGAAGCUGGUGACGGACGUUGCCGACUGGACCAGGGCCCGCGAGCAGUUCACCAAGACGACGGUCAACGCCAUGUGGGAGAGCAACACGGACAAGGCCGCCUACAAGGGCGCCGUCUGCUACAACGCGGCCUUCAAGCUCGACAGGCCCGAGCUCAUCGCCGGCCAGACGAGCGUCGACCUGGUCAAGGGCGCGCUCAAGACCAACUACAACUGCUUCUACAUGAUGCCUGGAAACGUCUUCCGUGCCCAGGGCGACGGCGGCUUCAUCAACCUGGCCACCGCCGGCAACUGCAAGUUCACCGACAAGGUCCUCACCUGCUAG